CUAUUGAAUUUCAUAUCGAACGGUUCGCGAUCAAUUUUUGCAGCUCGACACUUUUGAGCUGCAGAAAAGUUAUUUCUUUUAUCUAAAAAAGUGGUUCAAUCUUAUAGUUUUUUUCUUUCUAUCUCGAGUUGUUAUUUUCGAAAAAAAAAGACAAGAAUUAAAUAAAUAAACCGAGAAUUAAAUAAAAAAAUAAUAAGUCGAGUGUAGAAACGAGAGAUAGAAUCGAAGCUGGUGAAACAGCGGAAACAAGAAUCAUCUGCUGUUGAUUCUACGUUCCUUGUAUUUAUCUCGUCGUGGUCGUAUUUUUUUUUUUUAAACUUUGAAUUUGCAAAUGAAAGAAGAAAAAAAAGUUAAACGAACAAACGAAGGUGGAAACGUAGAAAAAUACAUAUUUAAGUCGGAAGACAGUAUUUAAUGAACAAAAGUGAUUAACACCUGAGGAAUCUAUCAACAAAAAUAAAUAGAAGUGAUCAUCAUUCCGACUAAAAAAAGAAGAAUAACGAAAAUUCAACCGUGCCAUUAUAAUUGCUUGUUGUGUUGUGAAUUGUGCGAUAAUAUUAGAAGUGAAAGAUUUUUUACCAUAAACUUCGACUGAAAAGGAAUAAUCAUGUCGACCCAGUCAUAUUAUAAAGAUCGUUUGGGAUUUGAUCCACGCGAGGCUCUUUACGAUGGUCCCGUAAAAACCUCACGCGGUCACUCUCAAAAUAGUCAUUACGUGUCUAAUGGUAACAACAAUAACGAUCAUUAUGCAACUCCACCUAAAAAGCAUAAACAACAGCAUCAUCAUCACCAUGCUGCUUACCAGCAACAGCAUGAACAAACACCGCAAGGUGGCUAUGAGGAUGCUUUAACGCAAUUUAAAGAUGAACGCGAUGCAAUUCAGAAGAAAACUUUCACAAAAUGGGUCAACAAACAUUUGAAAAAGGCAUCACGUCGUGUCGAUGACUUGUUUGAAGACUUACGCGAUGGACACAACUUACUUUCAUUGUUGGAGGUGCUUUCUGGCGAACAUUUGCCACGCGAAAAAGGAAAAAUGCGAUUUCACAUGCUUCAGAAUGUUCAGAUGGCACUCGACUUUCUCCGCUUUAAAAAGAUUAAACUUGUUAACAUCCGAGCAGAAGACAUUGUAGACAGUAAUCCAAAGCUCACCUUGGGCCUCAUCUGGACGAUCAUUUUACAUUUCCAGAUUUCUGACAUUGUUGUCGGUCAGGAGGAUAACAUAACAGCACGCGAAGCUCUUCUCAGAUGGGCUCGUAAAUCAACUGCUCGUUAUCCUGGUGUACGAGUCAACGAUUUCACUGGUUCAUGGCGUGAUGGAUUGGCAUUCACUGCACUCAUUCAUCGUAACCGUCCCGACUUAAUUGACUGGCGCGAAGCUCGUCAAAGAAGAGUUCGUGAACGUCUCGAAACAGCAUUCCAUGUCGUUGAUAAGGAAUACGGCGUGACACGACUUUUGGAUGUCGCAGAUGUUGACACUAAUGAACCUGAUGAGAAGAGUAUGAUAACAUACUUGAGUUCGUUAUAUGAAGUCUUCCCAGAGCCACCACAAAUGCAUCCACUUUACGACAUGGAUUCACAACGACGCGUUCAAGAAUAUCGUGAAAAUGCUCAGCAAUUGUUAUAUUGGUGUCGCGAGAAGACAUCACUGUUGCAAGAAAGAUCUUUUGGAACGACUUUGAUUGAAUUCAAGCGUUUAUCAUCGGAUUUGAAUAAGUUCAGGAAUGAAGAGAUUCCACCACGACAUCGUGACAAACAACGUUUGUUCACAACUUAUAAGGAACUUGAACGAUAUUUCGAGUCAACUGGCGAGAUUGAAAUUGAAAACGAUCUUCGUCCAGAUGCUUUAGAGAAAGCUUGGAAUCGAAUGCUUUCAGCGCUUGGCGAUCGUGAACAUAUUUUGCAAUCAGAACUUAGCAAAGUUGACAACAUUUCACGUUUGGCUGAGAAAGUUCAGCGAGAAAUUAAAAUCACUGAUCAACGCAUCACAAGUUUGGAAGUUAGAAUCUCUGAAGAGUCGAGACGAAUUGACCGUUUACAUCCAAUUGAUGCUAAGAACACAGUUGAAGGUCUCGAAUCAGAGAUUCGUCAUUUGGAACCUCCAAUUCAAGAAAUGAAUCACGAUUGUCAUAUUUUGAAAGAAAAUCGUUAUCCAAAAGCAAACGACUUGCAGAAGAGUGUCACAAAAUUACAUCAAAGAUGGACACAAUUAAGAUCAAACUUUAACACGUCAUUGGUUCAGAAGUUAGCUGGCAUGAGUUAUCCAAUUCAUGAGAAGACCGUGAAGAAAGAAAUCCGAACCGUUGUCGAACAACGUCCGAUUGGAACCAAUCCGUACUUCCGUGACUUGCAAGAAUAUACUGAAUGGUGCCAGCACAAAUUGAAGCAACUUCAUGCAGCUGAUUAUGGUGGUGACUUGCCAUCAGUUAAAGUUGAAUUGGAACGUCAUCAACAAGAACAUAAAGUCAUCGAUCAAUUCCAUUCAAAGAUUCAACACGCUGAACGUCAGCAAAAUAACUUCAGCGGUGAUGAGUUGCAUUUGUAUCAACAGAAGUUGAGUCAAUUGCAAAAGAUUUAUGCUGAACUCUUGAGUACAAGCACGAAGAGAUUAUCAGAGCUUGAUGCACUUCAAGAUUUCCUUACAGUCGCCACAGCUGAACUUCAAUGGCUUCAUGAACGUGAACAAAUCGAAAUUCAUCGUGAUUGGGCUGAGAAAAAUCUUGACUUGCCAGCAAUUCAUCGUUACUAUGAGAACUUGAUGUCCGAAUUAGAGAAACGUGAAAUGCAUUUUGCAACGAUUCUCGAUCGCGGUGAAGCUUUGUUGCUUCAACAACAUCCAGCAUCAAAAACAAUUGAUGAACAUUUGCAAGCUUUGCAGUCACAAUGGUCAUGGCUGCUUCAAUUGACAUUGUGCCUCGAAGUUCAUCUUAAACAUGCCACUGAAUAUCAUUCAUUCUUUGCUGAGAUUAAAGACGCUGAAGCAUGGUUAGCGAAACGUGACGACAUCUUGAACACAAAAUAUUCGCAAUCAGAAUUUGGCUUAGACCAAGGAGAGUCAUUGUUGCGUGGCAUGCAAGACAUUCGAGAAGAAUUGAAUACAUUUGGGGAAACAGUUCAAGCAUUACAGCAACGCUCACAAAAUGUUGUGCCAUUGAAACAACGUAACCAGCCAGUGAAUCGUCAAAGUCAAGUUCAGUCAAUUUGUGCAUACAAACAAGGUGGCUCCGUUGACUUGGAGAAGAAUGAAACAUGCACAUUGAUUGAUACAUCAGGAAGAGUGAAAUGGCGUGUGAGAACGAAUAGAAAUGUCGAAGGAACAGUACCGGGAGUUUGUCUUUUACUUCCACCACCAGACAACGAAGCUAUCGAAGCUGCUGAACGCUUGAAGCGUCUCUUUGAUCGCACUGUUGCAUUAUGGCAAAAGAAACAACUCCGAUUACGACAAAACAUGAUUUUUGCGACAAUUAAAGUCGUUAAAGGUUGGGAUUUCGAUCAAUUCCUUGCAAUGGGUGCUGAACAACGUACAGCAAUUCGUCGUGCUUUAAAUGAUGAUGCUGAUAAAUUACUUGCCGAAGGUGAUCCAAAUGAUCCACAAUUAAGACGAUUACGUCGUGAAAUGGAUGAAGUCAACCGAUUAUUCGAUGAGUUUGAGAAGAGAGCUCGCGCUGAAGAGGAGAGUAAACAAGCGAGUCGUAUCUUCACUGAAGAAUGCAUCACCUUCAAAUCACGUCUUGAAGAGAUGGCAAGAGAAUUGGAUCACAUCAUACUGUCGCCUCUGCCUCGUGAUCUUGAUUCACUUGAACAUGCUGUCCAAAUUCUUACCGAUUAUCGUCGUCGUUUGAAUUUGUUGGAACCUGACCUUAACCAUCUUCAGGAGACAUUCAGAACAAUAACAUUGAAGACACCGGCUUUGAAGAAGAGCUUGGAUAGCUUGAAAGAGUUGUGGAAAGAAUUGAAUACUCAAUCAAGUUUACAUGCUGAUCGAUUGAAGUUGCUUGAAGGUGCACUUGCUGGUUUGGAAGAGAACGAACAAGUUAUCUCUGAACUCGAAGGACGCUUAUCAAAGCACAUCGUAAUGCCAUCAAGUGCUGAAGGUCUUCAUGAAGUCUUCCAACAAUUAUCAUCACUUCAAGACACAAUCACACAACAGCAGCCACGAAUGGACAGAAUGAAUGAUCAAGCUGAUCAAUUAGGACGAAUGGGUGUGCCAACAAAAGUUUUGAGUGAUUUGAAACGUCUUCAUGCUAAUGUCGAGAGACUCAACACCCGAUGGAAUAACAUUUGUGUUCAAUUAGCUGAAAGACUUCGAAGUGUCGAACAAGCAAUUGGUUUAAUGAAAAAUCUACAAACAAGCAUUGUUGUUGAAGAAUCAUGGGUUGAAAAACAAACCGAGAAGCUUCAGAGUCUUCCAACUGCAACAUCAGCUAGGGAAUUAGACAAUAUGUUGGGAUCGGCAAUUGAAAGAAAGCCCAAAGUGGAGCAGGUUAAUGUGACUGGUGGACGGUUACUCAGAGAGGCCAAGAUUUACGACGGAAAAUGUUUGCAUUACAACGAUUGGUUGACGGAGAUUCGACCAAGCUUCACAGCACCACGUCGUGAUUUACGUUCUGAAGACGAUCCAGGUGCAACAGAGGUUUAUAGCCAAAGAUUAGAUAGUUUAAAUACGAAAUAUGAAUCGCUAGUUCAAUUGUUAUCACAACGAUUACGAACGGCAAUUGAAGUGAACGGUGCCGAAGGUUUGAACUAUGCUGAAACUCUUCAACGACCUUUGAAAACUUAUCGUGUUGGUUUAAACACAAGUGGAACAUCCAUUGAUGAACCUGAUCAUGAUAAUUUAAUUAGCUAUAGUAAUAAAGAAAUCACGACUUCAACUCGUACAACUGUUUAUCAAAUUGAUAACGGCACCAAUGGAAAAAGUUCAUUAAAUAAUUCAGAGAUUCGACCAUCAAAACGAACUCAUAUUAAUGAAGGGAUUGAAAGCGAUAAUAAAUUGUUAGAAUUACCAGGCAUUGUCGAUCCAAACACGGGAAAAGUCAUAACAGUUGGUGAAGCCAUUAAACUUCAUUUACUUGAUGUUCGAACUGGUGAAAUUCUCUUAAUAAGUGGAGAACGUGUGAGCUUAGAAAAGGCAGCUGAGCAAAGAUUGAUUAACCCAGAGUUAGCAUUGAAACUGUCGAAUCAUUUGGAAGCAGCACAACAACAUUUGACAGAAGCUGAGAAUAACUCAGAGACAGCUGAAAAGAAAAUUAAGGUAACGACCGCAACUGCUGCCAUUUCCAGCCCUAUAAAGACAAUUGCUGAUGCCAUAAAAGAUGGCACAGUUGAUCCCAUUCUUGGUGUUUAUAAAUUACCUAAUGGCUCUACAAUCACCAUCACUGAUGCUUACCAACACGGUCUUUUGAUUAAAAAUGAAACUAUUAAGAUAAAAUCUACGCCUAUGUGUUUGGCUGAUUCAAUUUCUCACGGACUUGUUGAUCAAGCUGGUUGGGUUGUGGAUCGCAAUGCUGGUGAUAAAUUUAGACUUGACUCGGCAAUCGAAAAAGAUUUAAUUAUACCGCGAUUACUUGAAGUUGUUGACACACGAAACGAUGUGAAAGUUUCGGUGACGAAGGCAAUUGAAAUGGGUUUGUUAAAUGCGAAAACGGGUCGCUACAUUAAUCCACUGACAAAAGAAAAAUUGACUCUUAUCGAAGCGAAGAAUCGUCAGCUAAUUGUUCGUCCCAUGUCGUUGAAAGACGUUUGUGAAAUGAAUUUAAUAGAUCGUGAGGGUUUGAUAAUUUCUCCUACGCGUAAGUCUCAAUUAACAAUUUCAGAUGCAAUUAAAGUCGGAAUUUUAGAUGGCGAUUAUAUGAAUUCAAUAUCAAAGGGUGACAAAAGCAAUUUGUUGACAUUAAAUGAUGCAAUUGAGAAAGAAAUUGUUGGAAGUGUUGCGAAUGUUUUUAAAAAUUUAACAACGGGUGAAACGAUGACAAUACAAGAUGCUGUUAAUGAAGGGUUAAUCUCGUCUGUUACACAAAAAUCUCUAUUUGAUAUUGAAGCAUUCAAAGAUCCACAUUCGGGUGAUUUUCUGUCAUUGAAUGAUGCAUUGGCGAAAGAUAUUCUCGUGAAAACUAACAAAGGUUUUAAAUUGGUCACUGCUAAAAAUAAAUUGAUAACAUUAAACGAGGGAAUUGAAAAUAAUUUAGUUAAACCUGAAGUGAAUGAAAUGUUGAAUCGAAGAGUUGGUGUGUUUGAUAAGAAAGAUGAAGAAAUAACUGUUUUAGAUCUCGUUUUGUUUGAUUUGAUUGAUCCUAAAUCGGGAUAUUUGUUAGAAUAUAAUAAGAAGACAAUUGUUCCACUCAAUAGCGCUGUUGAGAGAAAAAUGAUCACACCUGAAGGUGCUUUAUUACUUAGUUCACUUUUAAACAUAACUUUGACAACAGAAACGCUCAUGAAAAUGGAAAAACGUUACAUUACAAUUGCAAAUUUAACACCAGAAGUUCAGUCACAACCACAAGAAAUACUUCAAGACGACGGCUUAAAUCUCUCUGAUGCAAUCAAUCAAGAAGUUUUCGAUCCCUCUACUGGUGUUUUUACAAUCCCAAACACCGAUCGUUUAGUGAGUUUUGAAGAAUGCAUUCAACUUGGAUUGAUUAAUCCUGAAUCAAUGAAAAUUGUUGAUCCUAAAUAUAAAGAAGAGAUAACAGUUCAUCGUGCUUUAGAAAAAAAUAUUCUAGACACAACUGGUCAUUACAGAUCGCAAGAAGGUUGGCUUCCAAUGACCCAGGGAAUUGAGAAAGGUGUCAUCAUUUUAAGUGAAGAUCAGAAACCUCAGAAAUUUACAAAAACUCUUGAAUUCCAUCAUAUACCAAAAACAUCUCCUAAGAAAACUCCUGAAGUAGAAGUUACAAGUCCCGAACCUUUGGAAAUUAUUCCUGGUUUGAUUUACGAUCCUUCGACAGCUUUAGUCAUAAAUAUGAAGACAGGGAAAUCUGAAAAUCUUCUUCAAGCUGUUAAUGAUAAUCUUGUUGAUCCUGAACUUGUUCAAGUUGUCGAUGCUUCAACUGGAAAUGUGAUUCCAAUAAAAGAAGCAAUUGAGAAAGGAAUUGUUUCGCCUGAUUCGGGUGAAGUGAUUGACAGUUCUGGUCGUAAAGUUAAUUUGAUUGACGCUGUUAAAACGGGUCUGUUAAUUGUUGCUGGAACUCCUUUAGUUGCAGCAGCUGGUGCUUUAAGUUCAUUGAAAAUGAUUUUCGAUCCUUCGACCAACGAACAAAUUCCUGUUGAACUCGCUUAUGAAAGAGGUCUUGUGUCACGUGAUGAAAUCAGUGAUUUCACUUUAUCAGAUUCCAUUCCCCGCUCUUCUGUGAUAUCUCAAGCUUCAAGUUUUGAUAUUCCUACUCCAAAAGACAUGGCACAGACGCCUUCGAAAACAGUCAAACAUUCCACCUUUUAUGAGAGUGAAAAAGUUGUUCUUACACCUGAACAAAAACCAACUCCUGUUCCAAGAAAGUCUUUAACUGAUUCUGCUCCAAAAUUCAAUGACAAUCAAAUUGAUGCUGAUAAAAUUCCUAUCAGUGCGAUUCCUGAAACUUCACCAAGUAUGUCAAAUUCUCAAAUAAGUGUGAAUGAAGCACUUCAAAGAGGUUUGUUGGAUCUUAAAAGUGGAACAUAUAUUGAUCCUUUGACGAAUCAAACAAUUACAAUUCAAGAAGCUGUAAACAAUGGCAAUCUGAUAAGUGUCACUGAUGAUAUCGAAAAAGAGAUUCUUAUGAUGUCACCUCAAAAUAAAGCAAAAUUGCCAACUGAAACCGUUUCAAAUCUUGUUCCUUCUACGUCUUCAGAACCAUCACAACAAAAGUCUUUACCACAAGAUAAUUCUAAAGCAGCUUCUCCGUCAGUUUCUAUAUUAAAAGCAAAAUCAGAAGAAAAGGAAAAAGAUUUUCCACCCAAACUUACUUCUGAUCAAAUCACACCUGAGUGUACACAAAUUGUCUCUUCAAAUAUUCCUAAAUUUGUUGAAAAUGAACCUUCGAUAGAAUCAAAACCUUUUGAAAAAUUAAACGAAGAUAUUGACGAUAAAAAUUUUCCUCCCAUUGCUCUUGAAUCUCAUCCAAUGUUGGAACAUAAACGAAAUGAUGAAACUGGAAAAACAUCAAUUGAAAAAUCUCCAAAUGAAACUGAAAAUUUACUUCUUCAAUCAUCCGAAAAAUUGUUAACUUCAGAAAAAAUUAUUUCCAAAGAAUUACCAACGGAAAUUUCUACAGAAACUUCCAAAUUCCUUGAACAAGAAAGAUCAGAAAUUUCUAAAGAUAUUCCUAGCCCAUCUCCGAAAGAUUCUACAUUCCUUGAUCUUGAAAAGUUAUCUGAAAUUCCAAAAGAUUCUGACACCCCAAAAGAACAUCUUGAAAAUGCAUCGAAAUUCGUUGAAAAACCAGAUCAAGAAAAAUCCACAGACGUAAUUGCCCAAGAUAACUCAGAUUCAAAAGCGUUGUCUAAUAUUGCGAACACAGCUAAAUUAGGUUUGAUGGCUUUAGUUGGUGCACCUGUUCUCGCAGGUAUGGCUGUUGCAGAUUCAGUAAAAUCAAUGAUAAACAAACCUUCUGAAGAUCAGAAAGAUCAAAAAUUAGUUUCACAAACAUUUUCAACUAAGGCUAUUACUGAUCAGAAUAAAAUGGAAUUUAGCACAAUUCAUGAAAUGAGUGAAUCUGGAAUCACUGAAAGCGUAUACGCGAAAGAUGACAAACAACAGCCACUGAAAAUAAACGAUCAAUUAAAUGCUGAAGAUCUUGAGAAAGUUGGAGCUUUUGAUAAGCGAACAAAUUCUUUCAUUGAUCCUUCUAGUGGCAGUAAAGUUCCUUUUGAUACUUUCAUAUACAAUUGCGGUGUUUUUGAUCCAGAUUUAAUUUAUGUUAAAGAUUUCAGUAAUGAUAAUUAUGUUCCUUUAGCUGUAGCUUUAGAAAAAGUUUUAAUUGAUCGCAAUACUGGAAUUAUGGUUGAACCUAAAACAGGUAAACGAAUCCCAUUUUUUGAGUGUCUUUCACGUAAAUGGAUUAUUCAGAAAGAACCAGAAAAAUCUCAAACAUUCUCGUUGCAAGAUGCUCGUAAAUCUGGUCUUGUUGAUAACGAAAAUGCUAAUGUAGUUGUUGAUGGCAUUUUAGUUCCAAUUCAUGAAGCUUUAAAUUCAGGUGUUCUUGAAUCUGACACAAUUUCUAUUCGAGGUUCGUCUGGGGAAAUUAUGCCAUUGAAUUUGGCGAUUGAAUCUGGUGUUGUCGACCUUAAACGCGGUGUAAUUAUCGACCCAUCAUCUGGUAAAACAAAACCAUUGAACGAAGCUUUUAAAGAUGGAAUUUUCAUUGAGGGAAUUAAAUGUCCAAUAUCUCUAGAAGCUGCAAUAAAGACAGGUCUUUACGAUAAAGAUUCAAGAAAAAUACAAAACCAAGACACUCUUUUGAACGUACAAGAAGCGGUUGAUGAUGGAAUCAUUGAUCCAAAUAUCUCAGAAGUGAAAAAUACUCAACUUAAUCAAAUUGUUCCACUUCAAAAAGCAUUGCGUACACGACUGAUUGAUGAUGGUUUGAUUAACAAUAUUAAAACUGGCGAACUUGUGCCACUUGAUGAAGCUGUCGAGCAAAAUCUCAUUACGACAAAACCAAUCAAAAUGACUUUAAUAGAAUUAAUCGUUAAAGAGUUUUACAAAGUGAACUCACAAAAGAUUUUAAAUCCAAUGAUUGGUGAAUUACAAACAAUUGAUGAAGGAAUGAAAUGCGGCUUUGUUGAUGUUUCAACAACGCUUAUUGUUGAUGAGAAAAACGAUCGAGUUUUGUCAGUUGAUGAUGCGAUUAGCAAUGGAUUACUUGAUGCUUUAAAUGGCCAGCUUACAAAUCCCCCUUUAAAUCUUUUGAAUGCCUACCAACGCGGUUAUAUUUUGAGUUCCAAGAAGCCAAUUUCAUUGUCGGAUGCGAUUUUACGAGGCAUGUAUAACAUUGAAAAUGGAAAAUUGAAGUUGAAUGAAAAGGAAAUUACGUUGAAUGAAUGUAUUCAAACGGGAGAGAUUUCAUCGAAUGAUUUGAUAGUACAUGAUCCAAAGUCAAAUGAUAUAAUAAGUGUGAAUGAAGCGAUAAAAUCUAAACUUUUAGAUGCUGAACUUGGAUGUGUUAACGAACCAUUUACAAGCGAAAAGUUAACUUUAAACGAAGCUGUUGAAAGGGGAAUUAUAAUAAUUUCUAAACGAAAAUGUUCACUCCCUGAAGCCGUUUUCAAAGGACUUUACGAUCCAUCUUCUGGCACUUUUGUUAAUACAACAACGACAGAAAAACUGUCAACAGAUCGUGCAAUAAAACGUGGCUUCAUUGAUCCCCAAUCAACAAUAGUUAAUUUAGGUGGUAAAAUUUUGCCUUUUGAAUCAUCUGUUGAAAGCGGAAUGGUUGACGUUAAACGUGGUACAAUUAAUGAUGAAUUUGGAAACAAAAUUGAUUUUCGUGAGGCAUUUGAUCGAGGUAUUCUUGUUGAAGUUCGUAAGCCUUUAAGAUUAUAUGAAGCACUCGUGAAGGGAAUUUACGAUGAUAAAAGUGGCAAAUUUAUGGAUCCACAAUCUGGUAAACAUCUUACUAUGAAAGAUGCAAUAAAUGUGAAAUUGAUUGAUCCUAAUUCAGUUCAAAUUAAAGAUUCAUCAAUUGGUAGCUAUAAAGAUAUUUCGCUUCUUGAAGCAAUUUAUUCUGGUGUGAUUGAUGACCAAUCUCAUGUGAAUGUCGAUUCGAGAAGGCUUACUUUGAAACAAGCCUUUGACUUAGGAAUAUUGUGUGAUAAUAAAGCGCCCAUAAGUUUACAACGCGCUAUCCAUCAGGGAACAUAUGACAGUCAAUCUGGAAAAAUUGUCGACCCAACAACACAAAAGAAAAUGACCUUACAUGAAGCUAUGAGACGUUGGAUAAUAAACUCACAAUUGCCAUGUUAUUUUAACGAGAAUGAAGAAUGUUUGUUGUCACUUGGUGAGUGUUGUCGUUUGAAGAUGAUUGAUAGACGUGAGGGUGUUUUCAAAGAACCCGGAAGCAAUGUGUUUAUUCCUUUGAAUGAAGCAAUGGGACUGGGACUGAUUGUAGACAUUGAAAGUGGUGGUUUUGGUUUGUAUGAAAUGCUUUCAAUGAAGUUGUAUGAUGUUGAGAGUGGAAGAUUUAUAAACCCUUCAAAUGGUCAACUGGUGACAAUGGCUGAUGCUAUCGAAGAAGAUUUAAUUAGCUUAGUUUCUUCCCUUGUAAAAGACACAAAUAACGGUGCCUACUUAAAGCUUAAUGAUGCCAUAAAAGCGAAAAUUAUUGACGUGAUUGAUGGUAAAUAUAUUUAUCCAGAUGGAAAGAAAAUUGAUUUACAAGAAGCACGAAAACUUGGCUUGAUUGUGAGUCAUCAAAAACUUUUGUCACUCGAAAAUGUAAUUAAGAUGGGAUUAUAUGAUCCAAAGACGGGAAAGUUUGUUGAUCCAUCAAGUAACGAAGACGUAAACUUACAAAUUGCUGUUGAUACUGGGUUGAUUGAUGGCGACACGACUGUCAUGAAAAACUUUGUGACUGGUCAAGAAAAGCCAAUUAGAAGUGCAAUUGAUAAUGGUGAAAUUGAUGUUUUGAAAGGUCGUGUAAUUGAUCCAGAAUCGAAAAUGUCAUGUAAUUUUGAUGUUGCAUUUAAUAAGGGUUUGCUUGUGACAAUCCAAAAGCCAAUUACAGGGAAAUCUUUUGUUAGAAAUGAAAGCUUCGAUAAUAUUUUGAAAUCGGAAUUGUCAGCAACUCCAUUGCCUAAAGAAAUGUCACUGGAAGAUGCUAUGAAGCAUAACAUUAUAGACAAGGACAAAGCGUUAAUUAAAGAUCCAAAAACUGGUCAAUUCCGUCCAUUGUCUAAAGCUUUAGAAGACCAAAACAUUGACAUGAGUAAGAAAAUUUCAAUUGAUCCAUCGUCGCCGUUCUUUGCGUUUGAUUCAAAUUGCGUUGUUUAUUUACGCGAGCCUGAAACAUUUGAAAAUGCUGUCGAGUCAGGUCAUUUAAGUUUAUCUGAUGGAUCCUAUAACAACCCCGAAACAACCAGCAAAAGUAAUCUAAAAGAAGCCAUCACAUGUGGCUUCAUCGAUCCUGAUUCAGCAUUGAUAAAAGAUGGUGCGAAGGGGAAAAUGAUUCGUUUACCUGAAGCUUUUCGCAAGGGUCUCAUAGACUCCGACAAAUUUAAUGUUGUUGAUACAAGUUCAUCAAAAUUGAUGAGCUUACAGCAUGCUGUUGAUGAUGCUAUCCUAGUUACGCCAAAGCGCUCCCUUGACUUACUAGAAGCCCUCAAAUUUAAUCUUUACAACCCUGAAAUUGGUAGUUUUACCGAUCCCUUCAUCACAGCAAAUAAAGCUCUCACACUGCAAGAUGCCGUCACGAAAGGCCUUAUCGAUCCAUCGACAACAAUGGUGCGGGAUUUAAACAAUAGCCAAAUAGCACCACUUCCGGCAGCCAUAAACAGUGGUCUAAUUGACCCUGUUGCUGGCCGUUUGUUGAACGAUAAUGAGCCAAUAGAUUUUAUAAAAGCUCGUGACAAGGGACUUCUUUUACCAGCCGAACAAAGACAAGCGGUCAUUGAGAAGUUCGCAUUAUGCGAAGAAAACUUGUCACAGUUGCUGAAAUGGAUUACCGAGAUUGAAUAUAAGAUUUCAAGUGUUGGCGGACCGAAAGAACGUAUCGAUGAUUUGAGGAAUCAAAUCAAUUUAUUGAAGCAAAUUAAAGAAGACAUCGACAUCAAUCAAAGACCAGUUGCUUCAUGUCUUGAACAAGUUCGUCAGAUUGUUCUAACCGGAAGUGAAGUUUUAUCAGCUCCUGAAGUGAAUGCUCUCGAAAAUUCAGGUCGUGAAUUACGUUCACGUGUUGAUAGAGCGCAAGAUCGAAAUGGAAGACUUUUGAAACGUUUGUCGGGUGUCAGAGACGAACUCGUGAAACUUCAAUCGGAAAUGGAGAUCUUCAAGACAUGGUUGCAAUCAGCAAGACGUGAAUUAGAAGACAAAGAACGUGCACUUUCCGAUUUGAAUAAAUUGCCCAAUCAAUCUGACACAACGAAAGAAUUUGUCAGUGAUGUCAUCGCUCAUCAAGCUGACCUUCGUUUCAUUACAAUGUCAGCACAAAAGUUUGUUGAUGAAUCGAAAGAUUUCCUUGGUGUUCUCAAUGAAUUCCGAACAACUUUACCAGACCGCUUGCCACAUGUUGAACCAUUGCCAGCAUCAGAAUCGCAUAUUCGUGAAGAUGUUACACUUGUCAGCGCUCAGUAUCGUGAUUUGCUUAAUCGUGCAAAUGCUUUGUCAGAUCGAUUGAGUGGAUUGUCGGGACGACAACGAGAUUAUCAAGACAACUUGGAAAAGGCGAAAGGAUGGAUGCGUGAAAUUCAACCGAGAGUUGUGAAAGUUCUCGAAGAUCAACCAGGUGCUGAUCCAUCAACAGUUCAAGAUCAGUUGAGUGAAGCUAAAGCAUUACAUCAUGAAUUCAUCGGUCAAGGACGUCGUUUGAUGGAUAAUUUACAACAAAGUCUUGAUUGGCUUUUAAGAUCACUCGCUGGUCAAUUAUCGCCUUCGGAAGUGUCAGCUUUGGAGAUUCCAGUGGAAGAAUUGAAGGAUAAAUAUCAUCAAUACUUGGAAGCUCUCAAUGAUCGUUGUCGCUUAUUAGACACAGCUUUGGUUCAAUCUCAAGGCGUUCAAGACGCUCUCGAUGGUCUUGUUUCGUGGAUAAAUCAAUCUGAAGAUAAAUUCAAACUCAAUUUGAGACCAGCAAGUCUCAUCAAAGAACGUUUGCAAGAACAAAUUCGUGAACAUCGCGGAUUACUUGCUGACUUGGAAUCACAUCGUGCAAGUUUAGAUUCCGUCACUGUCGCUGCUCAAGAUCUUAUGAAGACAGCUUCGAAUGCUCGCUUAGCAAGAAAGAUUGAACAGAAACUUCAAGACGUCAUCAGUCGUUUUGAGAAACUUCUGGACAAAGCUAUUAAGCGAAGCGACUUCUUAGACGAAACUCUCGCACAACUCUCCAAAUUCAAUGAUGAAAGUUCAGUUCUCGAACAAGAAUUGUGUGCACUUCAAGAACAAAUGGAUUCACGUGAAUUGUCAAUGUUGCCAGCUGAAAUUCUUGCACAAAAAACACAAGAAAUGAUGAGAAUGAAGGAACAAAUGCGACCAAUGUAUGAAGCUUGCAUCACAUUAGGAAAGGAUUUGAUAAGUAAACGUGACGUUACUGACACAGGAAUUGUUCGUGACAAGAUUAAAGCACUCGAAAAUCAAUGGCGCAAUCUCGAAACAAUCUUAGAUGAGAAAAUGAAAUUAUUUAAGCAGAAGGCUGAACAAUUUAAUGCUUACGAGACACUCAAAGAUCAAGUCUUGCAAUGGUUGGCACAAUUUGAGAAGCGAACAAACGCACUUGCAUCUGUUGCUAUUGAUUUGGAUAUUGUGAAGCGUCAAGCAGAAGAUUUGAAGCCGAUGAUCAAGGAAUAUCGUGAUUAUGCUUCAACAAUUGAUCGUGUAAAUGAUCUUGGAACACAAUACGACGCACUCAUCCGUCCGGAUUCACCAAGUCGUAAACGUAACGUUUACAGUCCAAUUAAGAGAAGCAAUGUGAGUCCAUAUCGUUCUGAUGGUCGUUCACCAUCACCAACAAAAGGAACACCUGGUGCUUCACCUUUGUCACCAUCAUCAAGUGGCUUUGGAUCACGAAUUUCAUCACAAGAAGGCUUCCAUAUCAGUGACUUAUCACCGAUUCAACAACAACUUAUGGAAAUCAAUAAUCGUUACUCGAUGCUUGGCGUUCGUUUGACUGAUCGUCAAAAUGAAAUCGACUCGAUUAAAGAUGAAGUUCGACGACAUCAAGAAAGUUUGAAGACACUCAGCAACUUCUUGGAUAAGAUUCAACGACAAGUGCCAACAAAUAUCAUCGGAAGUAAAGAUGACGCUGAAAAGUGCACGAAACAAUCGCGACGUGUUCUUGAAGAGAUGUACGAGAAGCAAAGUUUGUUGGACAGCACACGAACACAGGUUCGUGAUUUAUUGAAGAGAAAACCAGACGCUCAAGGUGGUGAAACACUUCGUGUUGAGCUGGAAGCUGUUGUUGAACGCUGGAAGAAUUUGAGUGAUUUAUGCAAAGAUCGCAUCAAUCAUUCUGAACAGUUACGUGACUUCUUAGACACUCACGACAAUUUGAACUCGUGGUUGAAUGCUAAAGAAAAGAUGUUGACAGUUUUGGGUCCAAUUUCAUCAGAUCCACGAAUGGUUCAAAGUCAAAUUCAACAAGUUCAAGUUCUGCGUGAAGAGUUCAGAGGUCAACAGCCUCAAUUGAGUCAUCUUCAAGAUGUUGGACGAUCACUUCUUGAUCAUUUACGUGAAUCAUCACCAGAAGGUCAAGCAGUGUCACAAAAAUUGCAGAAUAUUGAAACAAAAUGGGAUGAUUUGGUUGGCAAAUUAGAUCAACGCGCAAAUUCACUUGGUGCUGCUGUUGAUUCGAGCAAAGAGUUUGAUGCAAGUCUUAAUCGCUUGCGUGAAGCAUUACAAAACAUCAGCGACAAUCUUGAUAGUUUACCACAUGACAAAGAUCAUCAAGAAACACUUCGUAAAAUUGAGAAUCUUGAGCGACAAUUGGAAGGCCAACGACCACUUUUGGCUGAUGCUGAACAUGCUGCUGAUGAGCUUUGCAAAGUUUUGGGUGAUCCCGCAUCGCGUGCUGAUGUCAUGGCACGUAUUGGAGCUCUCGACAAACAAUAUCAAGCUUUACAAAGGAAACUCGAUCAACGUAAAGCUGAGACCGAAGCUGCACUUCGUGAUGGUCGUCAGUUCGGUGAAGCUUGUGCAAGAACUUUAGGAUGGUUGGCAUCAGAAAUUUCCAACUUAACUGAUCGUCUCUUAGUGUCAGCACACAAACCGACACUUCAACAUCAAAUUGACACUCAUGAGCCAAUUUAUCGUGAAGUUAUGUCGCGUGAACAUGAAAUUAUCAUGUUACUUAAUAAAGGUCGCGAUUUACAAGAUCAACGAGGCGAUCGAAGUGUUCAACGUGACUUAGAGAAGAUUCAAAGUCAGUGGGAGAAAUUGCGACGUGAGACAGUCGAACGUCAUUCACGUCUUCAAACUUGCAUGGAAAAUUGCAAGAAAUAUCACACAACGUCGGAAUCUUUCAUGUCAUGGUUGAGAAAUGCAGAAGAAAAGCUUGCAAAUCUUCGUCCUGGCGUUCUGAAACGACAAGUCAUUGAUCAACAAUUGAGAGAUCUUCAGACAUUCCGAAGUGAAGUUUGGAAGAAAUCUGGAGAUUUUGAAGCAACAAAGAACAGUGGCGAGACAUUCUUGAAUGCUUGCGAUGUUGACAAAGAUCCAAUCAAAGCUCAACUCAAUGACAUUAAGGAAAGAUGGGAAAGAUUGAACAAUGAACUGUUGAUUCGUGCACAAGCACUUGAAGAAUGUGCACGUCGUCUUGGUGACUUCAAUGAUGAACUUCGUCAAUUGGAUAAUUCGGUUUGUCGAUGUGAAGAUCGUUUAGCAGCACAUGACGCACUUGGUGGUGCAGCUAAAGAUCCAAAACUUUUAGAACGUGUUCGUGCAAUCAAAGAAGACACAAUGUCAUUGAAGAAGCCAUUUGGUGAACUUAAAAAACUUGCAAAUGAUAUUGGAAGUGAGACAAGAGCUUCUGGUGGUGAUGCUGAUCAUUUGACAAACGAAGUUGAUGCUAUCGGUGACAGAAUCGACGAUUUAGCAGCUCGAUUGGGUGAUCGUUAUGGUGAAUUACAAUCAGCAGCCACCGCUGUUCAUCAAUUCAACGAACAGGUCAAGACACUUGCUAUCGAUUUAUCAGAAUUGGAAAGUCAAGUUGAUGCACUUCAACCACCAGCACGUGAAGUUAAAAUCAUCAAAGUUCAACUUGAAGAAGUUAACGUCAUUUACAACAAAAUGUCGCGAUUACAAGACAAAAUUUCCGAUGCACAAAGAGCUGGUGAAGUUUUAGUUGACAGUGGAUUCGCUCCAGAUACAGCACAAACACGCGAUCAAAUCACAUCAUUAAGAAAGACUCUCGGAAGGUUGGAGAACCGAACGAAAGAUCAAGAAGAUGCUUUGCAGAAGGCUUUGAAGAGUCUCGAGAAGUUCUACGAUGCACAUUCUGCUAUCAUGGAUGACCUUACUGAAGUUGGAAAAGAAGUUAAAGCAAUGAAAGCUGUUUCAAGUGAAUUAGAACAAAUUCGUAAUCAACAAGAUGACUUUAGACGAUUCCGACAACGUGUUGUUGAACCAUUAGCACACAAUGUUGAUGGAGUUAAUCGUUUGGGACAAGACCUCGUGAGAUCAGCACAAUCUGGUGUAUCAACCACGCAAUUGGAGAAAGAUUUGGAGAAGAUGAAUGAGAAGUGGAAUGAAUUGAAAGAGAAAAUGCAAGAACGUGAUCGUCGUUUAGAUGUUGGACUUUUGCAAUCUGGAAAGUUCCAAGAAGCACUCGAUGGAUUCUCGAAAUGGUUAAGCGAUGCUGAAGAAAUGGUUGACAAUCAGAAGCCACCAUCAUCUGACUACAAAGUGGUGAAAGCGCAACUUCAAGAACAAAAGUUCCUUGUAAAGAUGUUGAGUGACCGUCAAAAUUCUUUGUCAUCAUUAGUCAGUUUGGGACAAGAAGUUGCAGCUAAUUGUGAACCAGCAGAAAAGAAUCGUAUUGAGAAGCAACUGAAAGAUUUAAUGAGACGUUUCGAUAAUCUUACAGAUAAGACACAACAACGCACUCACGCAUUAGAACAAGCAAUGAACAUCGCUAAACAAUUCCAAGACAAAUUCCAACCACUUAACAAAUGGUUGGAUGGAGCUGAAAAAGCAGUUAAAGCCAUGGAAAUGGUGCCAACAGAUGAAGAAAAGAUUCAACAAAGAAUUCGCGAACAUGAACGUUUGCAUGAUGAGAUUUUGGGCAAGAAACCUGAUUUCUCAGACCUUGCGGACAUUGCUUUCGAGUUGAUGAAACUUGUUGGCGAUGACGAAGCUGCUGGUUUAGGUGAGAAAGUCAAAGUCACCACAGAACGUUACACAGAUCUCGUUCAAGCAAGCGAAAACAUCGGACAUCUUCUCGAUGAAUCACGUCAAGGUUUACGUCAUCUCGUCUUGACAUAUCAAGAUCUGAUCGCUUGGAUGGAGUCAAUGGAAAUUCGUCUUAACCACUACAAAGUUAUUCCAGUGCACACUGAAAAAUUAUUAGAACAAAUGGAUCAUUUAGUUGAUCUGAAUGAAGACAUUGCAUCACGUGCACCAAAUGUUGAAUCGACAGUUGAAGCUGGUUCUGAACUAAUGAAGCAUAUUUCAAGUGAUGAAGCACUUCAAUUGAAGGAUAAGUUAGAUUCACUUCAAAGACGUUAUGGAGAUUUGGCAACAAAGGGCGGUGACUAUUUGAAACGAGCACAAGAAACUUUACCACUCGUUCAACAAUUCCAUGAAUCUCAUCUUCGAUUGGUUGAUUGGAUGCAAGUUGCUGAAGCGACAUUAUCAUCAGGUGAACCUCGUGAGACUGACAUCAUGAGAUUGGAAAGCGAUCUUCUUGAGAUGCGACCAAUUUUAGAGACAAUCAACACAGUUGGUCCACAAUUAUGUCAAAUUUCACCAGGUGAAGGUGCUGGAACAAUUGAAAGUUUAGUGACACGUGACAAUCGUCGUUAUGAAGCGAUUGUUGAACAAAUUCAACGUAAAGCUGAACGUCUUCACCUCAGCAAACAACGAAGCAAGGAAGUUACAACAGACAUUGAUGAACUUUUAGAAUGGUUCCGUGACAUGGAUGCAAAUCUUCGUGAUGCUGAUCCACCAGCAUUACAACCAAAACUUGUCCGUGCACAACUUCAAGAACAUCGUUCGAUUAAUGAUGAUAUCAGCAGUCAGAAGGGACGUGUAAGAGACGUCACAAGUUCAGCUAAGAAAGUUCUUCGUGAAUCACAACCAAACGACAACACUUCGACAUUACGCGAGAAGCUUGAUGAUCUUAAAGAAAUUGUUGACACGGUUGCUGGCUUAUGUGCUGAUCGUUUAUCGAUAUUGGAACAAGCCUUGCCAUUAUCUGAACAUUUUGCAGACUCUCACAAUGGAUUCACAGCGUGGUUGAAUGACAUGGAACAUCAAAUUUCAAUUCUUGCCAUGCCUGCACUUCGUCCUGAUCAAAUCGCCAUUCAACAAGAUAAGAAUGAACGGUUAAUGCAAUCGAUUGCCGAUCAUAAGCCAUUGUUGGAUAAAUUGAAUAAAACUGGUGAAGCACUUGCUAGUUUGGUGGCUGAUGACGAUGCUGCGAAGAUUCAAGACAUGUUGGAUUCGGAUAAUCAACGUUAUGGUGCUUUGAAAACAGAAUUACGUGAACGUCAACUUGCACUUGAAAAAGCACUUCAAGAAUCAUCGCAGUUCUCUGAUAAAUUGGAAGGAAUGUUACGAGCUUUGGCUAACACUGCUGAUCAAGUUAAUCAAGCUGAUCCAAUCUCAGCACAUCCACCGAAGAUUCGCGAUCAGAUUGAAGACAAUGCAGCUUUGGUUGAUGACUUAGAUAAACGAACAGAAGCAUAUGCUGCUGUUAAACGUGCAGCAACUGAUGUCAUUAACAAAGCAAACAAUCAACAAGAUCCAGCUGUUAGAGAUAUCAAGAAGAAACUUGAAAAGUUGAAUGCUUUGUGGAAUGAAGUUCAAAAUGCGACAAGCAAACGUGGUGCCAGUUUAGAUGACACAUUGAGAAUUGCUGAGAAGUUCUGGAAGGAACUUCAAGAUGUUAUGGCGACAUUGAGAGAUUUGAAAGAAUCUCUUGAAUCUCAAGAACCACCAGCAGCACAGCCACAAGCCAUCAAGAGUCAACAAGUUGCAUUGCAAGAAAUUCGUCAUGAAAUUGAUCAAACAAAACCGGAAGUUGAAAAGGUUAGAAAGACCGGAAGUAGUUUGAUGUCACUUUGUGGUGAACCAGACAAGCCAGAAGUUAAGAAGCACAUCGAAGAUUUAGAUCAUGCUUGGGAUAACAUCACAGCUUUGUAUGCUAAACGUGAAGAGAAUCUCAUCGAUGCCAUGGAGAAAGCGAUGGAAUUCCACGAAACACUCCAAAAUCUCUUGAAGUUCUUGAACAAAGCCGAAGAUCGUUUCGCACAUUUAGGUCCAGUUGGAUCGGACAUUGAUGCUGUCAAGAAACAAAUUGAACAAUUGAGACUCUUUAAAGACGACGUCGAUCCACAUAUGGUUGAAGUUGAAGCUUUGAAUCGGCAAGCAAUUGAGUUGACUGAAAGAACAUCAUCAGAACAAGCAGCUGCCAUUCGUGAGCCACUCAAUGCUGUUAAUAAACGAUGGGAGAAUCUUCUACGCAGCAUGGUCGAUCGUCAGAAGCAAUUGGAGCAUGCACUUCUUCAUCUUGGUCAAUUCCAACACGCUCUUAAUGAACUUCUUGUUUGGAUUAGCAAGACCGACUCUACAUUGGAUCAAUUGAAGCCAAUUCCUGGUGAUCCACAAUUACUUGAAGUUGAACUUGCUAAACUUAAAGUUUUGGCUAAUGACAUUCAUGCUCAUCAAAGUUCAGUUGACACAUUGAACGAUGCUGGUCGACAAUUGAUUGAAACCGAUCGAGGUUCACUUGAAGCGUCAACAACACAAGAAAAGUUGAAAACUCUCAACAAACAGUGGCGUGAUUUGCUCCAAAAAGCUGCUGACCGUCAACAUGAAUUGGAAGUUUCCUUACGUGAAGCUCAAAGCUUUACAGCUGAAGUUCAAGAUAUGCUUGGAUGGUUGGGAGAUGUUGAUAGUGUCAUUGGUGCAAGUAAACCAGUUGGUGGACUUCCUGAAACUGCUUCCGAACAACUUGAACGUUUCAUGGAAGUUUUCAAUGAAUUAGAAGAAAAUCGAUCUAAAGUUGAGUCACUUUUAGCACAAGGUGGUGACUACAUCAAACGUCAGAAUCAAUUGAAUGUCACAUCAAGCAAUCUUCAACAUACAUGCCGAACACUCAAACAAAGAUGGGAAACUGUUUUGUCAAGAGCCAACGAUAAGAAAAUUAAACUUGAAAUUGCUUUGAAGGAAGCAACAGAAUUCCAUGAUUCACUUCAAGCAUUCGUUGAAUGGUUGACAAUUGCUGAAAAGCAAUUGACAACUGCAUCGCCAGUUUCUCGUGUUCUUGAGACAAUUCAACAUCAAAUGGAGGAACAUAAAACAUUGCAGAAAGACGUUUCAAUUCAUCGCGAAGCAAUGCUUUUGUUAGACAAGAAGGGAACACAUUUGAAGUACUUCAGUCAGAAGCAAGACGUCAUUUUGAUCAAGAAUUUGUUGGUGUCAGUUCAACAUCGUUGGGAACGUGUCGUUGCUAAAGUCACUGAACGAACAAGAGCAUUAGAUCAUGGGUACAAAGAAGCUCGUGAAUUCCAUGACAGCUGGACUCAACUCACAACAUGGUUGAAAGAAAUUGAACAAUCACUUGAUGCCGUCGAGAAGGAAACUGCUGGAACAAACGAUCCAAUUAAGAUUAAGAAGCAUUUGGAGAAGAUCCGAGAAACUCAACGUGCAUUGUCUUCGAAACAAGGACUUUAUGAUCAAACAAUGAGAACUGGCCGUGGCUUAAUUGAUCGUGCACCGAAAUCAGAUGAAAACACGCUCGUUAAAAUGUUGAAUGAAUUGAAGGAAAGUUGGACGAGGGUUUGCUCAAAGAGUGUCGAUCGUCAACGCAAGUUGGAAGAAGCUUUGCUGUUGUCUGGUCAAUUCUCUGAAGCACUUCAAGCUCUUCUUGAAUGGUUAAGAAAAACGAAAAAUCAUUUGUCGGAUGAUGGACCGGUUCAUGGUGACUUAGAUACAGUGACUGCACUUAUGGAACAACAUAAACAACUUGAAUCUGAUCUUGAAAAGAGAUCUGCUCAAAUGAAUCAAGUGUUGAAGACUGGAAAAGAUUUGGAGAAGUCUGACGAGACACGUGAAACGUCAAAGAAUCUCAAAGAAGUUCAAAAACUUUGGGAAGAUGUGCAUUCAUUAGCAAGUCGCAAGAAACAACGAUUGACAGAUGCUCAACGUGAAGCUGAAAAACUUCAUAAACAUGUGCACAUGUUGCUUGAAUGGUUGUCAGAAGCUGAACAAAAAUUGAAAUAUGCAGCUGCCUUGCCUGAAGAUGAAAUUGCCACACAACAGCUCAUUGACAUUCAUUCCAAAUUCACACGUGAAUUGCGCGAGAAAGAACGCGACAAGGAUGAAACUUUGAGAAUUGCAAAUUCAAUUUUGCAGAAAGCACAUCCCGACGCCAUUCCCAUUAUCAAGAAUUGGAUUUCAAUAAUUCAGUCGAGAUGGGAGGAAAUCUCCCAAUGGUCUUUGUCAAGAGAAAACAAACUUAAAACUCAUUUGCAAUCAUUGAAAGAUUUGGAGAAUUCCAUGGAAGAACUUCUUAAAUGGUUAAUGGGGUUGGAAUCGACAUUGCUAACGCUUGAAACUGAAGAAUUACCUGAUGACAUUCCAGCUGUCGUUGAACUUAUCAACGACCAUAAAGAGUUCAUGGAGAACACUGCCAGACGAACAGCAGAAAUCGAUCGCGCUUGUAAACCAAAAGCACCAGUUGCACCGGUUAAAGACCAUAGAAAGCCUUCUCGCGCAUCUGUCUUGAGAACACCAAUACGAGGAUCGAAUCAAGAUUUACGUGAAUCAUCACCAGACCGCAGCACGUUGGGUCGCAAGCAAAGCCGCAUUAGUCCGAUGCGUGAUGGUCAAACACCAGAACGUGAUCGUCUUCCACAUUACGGACCGAGAUUCUCGGACAGCAAUGCUCCCGAGCCAGAAAUGCGUUCACCAAGAGCGAAGCUUCUUUGGGAUAAAUGGCGUCAUGUGUGGAUGUUAACAUGGGAUCGUCAAAAGAGAUUACACGAUCAUCUCAUGUACCUCCAAGAAUUGGAGCGUGUUAGACAAUUCAGUUGGGAUGACUGGCGCAAGAGGUUCUUGAAAUUCAUGAAUCAUAAGAAAUCACGCCUCACGGACUUGUUCCGUAAGAUGGAUAAGAACAAUGAUGGAUUAAUCCCCCGCGAUAUUUUCAUCGAUGGAAUCAUUAACACGAAAUUCGACACAUCUCGAAUGGAAAUGGGAGCUGUUGCAGAUCUUUUCGAUCGUAAUGGUGAAGGUUUAAUCGAUUGGCAAGAGUUUAUAGCAGCAUUGAGACCCGAUUGGCAAGAACGAAAACCAGCAACCGAUGCUGAUAAGAUUCACGAUGAGGUGAAACGUCUGGUAAUGUUGUGCACAUGUAGACAAAAGUUCAGAGUCUUCCAAGUCGGCGAAGGAAAAUACAGAUUUGGCGACAGUCAAAAGCUUCGUCUUGUUCGUAUUCUAAGAAGCACAGUGAUGGUUCGUGUUGGAGGCGGUUGGGUUGCUCUCGAUGAAUUCCUUAUCAAAAAUGAUCCUUGCAGAGCUGAAGAACAUCUUGCUGAGUUGAUGCCAAUUUUUGAACAAUUGCGAGCACAAGGUGACUUACCUUGCACCUAUCCACUUCACGUUUCAUCGUUUGGCACUGCAUUUAUACGAGGCGGUAGUCGAUCGACACCGUUAAGUCCACAUGCACCACAUUGCCAUCCUUCGACGCAUUGGGUACGUGAACGUUCAUCGAGAUCUAUCGCAAUGUCACGUCCAUCACGAUCCUCGUUGUCCGCAUCAACACCAGAUUCGUUGAGUGAUAAUGAGAGCAGCAUGGGACGUGGAUACACGCCGAGAAAAUCUUCGGCUGGAGUGAGAACUGGGUUGACACCUGGAGGCUCUCGAGGUAACUCCAAGCCGAAUUCCAGACCGUUGAGUGCUAGUGGCUCCAGGCACGGAUCAAAUUUGUCGCUUAACAGCAAUGAUGACGGAACACAAACACGCAUUCCACAACGUCGUGUGACAACAUCAACGACACCCUCAAGACCAUCACGACUUUCUGUCGGAUCAGCAACGAAAACGAAUGGCUCAACGCGAACUCCAUCCGGUUCAGCUAGUCCAGCACCCACAAGGAAUGGCAAUGGGAUGAGUCGAGCAUCGAGCAUACCAACACUCACCGGAUUACCAACGCCAAGCCGGCCACCUUCUCGGAUUCCCAUUCGACAGCUUUCGAAUCUUUCGAAUUCAUCAUCAGCAGCUGGACGUAACUUGAGUGGAUCGAGCACACCGUCAGGCAUGCAGACGCCAAGAAAAGGAAGUGUUGAGCCACAAUCACGAUCAUCACGCGGAACCACUCCGCUAGAUAGACGCGAACCAUUUAAAUUCUAAAUUAUCGAAUAUUUUCUCCACCCCCGCAAUUUAUAAGAUGUUGAAUGAUGGAAAUCUUCUAAGAGAAUUAAACCAGACAGGUGUCUGGGGACCAUUUAAUUCUGACUUGGGACAUCAUCAUCGUCAGACAUCACAAGCAAACGAGACAAACGGGAAAUUGGAGUCAACAGAAAUAAAAUGUCGACGAUCGAAAAAGAAAAAAAAUAAAUUAUAUGUCUUGAUAAUUUCUUUUUUAAUUUAAGUGUCAAAUGUUUCAUUUUUUUCCCUCCACAUAGAGGGAGAGAGAGAAACAGACAAAAUCGCAAUCAACAUUAAUUCACAUCAACAAUAUUUUUUUGUACUAAAAGCUUUUCCAAACAACACAUCAACAACAACAACAACCAGAGAAAAUAGAAAUCUUAUAGUUAAGAUAAAUGGGACGAGAACUAAUAAACAAGACUAAUAGGGGACAUACCGACUAGCCUCGGUAACAGAGACGUCACUAAAUCAUUAGGCGUUUUCUUUAAAAAAUGUUGUCUUAACAAAUCAAAUUUUUCAAUGAAACUAAUCGAGGAGAAAUUCUUGCAAUAAUCUUUUAUUACAUUUUUUUUUAAAUUUAAAUAUAAUUACCUUAAAUAUGAAUAGAAAUGUUUUUUUUUUCCAUUUAAAUAUUUCUUACAAAAUGAGAAGAACUUAGUCGCUAAAAUUAAAUUACUCUUACAGCAAAAUAUAUUAGCUUCAUUGAGAAAAACAAAAAUAUAUCUACGGAAAUUUUUUUAGCUUAAUUAAAGAAAACAUAAAUAUUUUCUAUGCUCUAAAAUUUUCUUACAAUUUGUAAAUUUAAAACCAUCUUAUUGUCUACUUUCUUCUAACUACUUAAAGAGUUUAAUUGUAUUAAUUUAUUAAUGUGAUAAUGAUAGGAAACAAAAAAAAAACAUUUUCAAAAAAAUAUUUGAAAAACAUGAAAAAAAAUCUUACAAUAAAAAACGAUAAAAAAUUAAUACCAAAAAAUAAA